AUGAAAUAUCUAAUAUUUUAUUGUUCAUUUGUUAUACUUGCCUUUUAUGCAUUAUCAGUUGUAUCAAUAAAAUGUUAUGUCUGUAAAGAACCUGAUAGAAAAUGUCGUGAUCCAUUUCAAAAUGAUACAAUGUUUUUAAAAGAUUGUUCACAAGUUGGUAUGGGUAAUGCAACAAUGUGUCGAAAAUAUAUGUGGGAAAUUGGUGAUGGAACGCGAUACUAUAUGCGUGGUUGUGCUUUACGUGGUCGUGUAAGUCGAAAACAAGGUCGUGAUUGUAUCGAACGUGUUGGCACAUGGAAAACAAAAAUGUGGUAUUGUCAAUGUGAUAAUAAAGAUGGAUGUAAUGGAAGUAUGAAUAAACAAAUGUCAAAUUGGAUAAUUCUAUUUGGUAUUAGCCUUCUCUUAUUCCAGUGGAAAUCAAAUGCUCAAUAA